CCUCCCUGGCUGAAGCACCAUAUGCUAAGCAAGCAAACACACAGCUCCAAAUGGAGGCAAGCAGCAGAGUGAUGGUGCAGGUGUUGUUGUUGGCGUUGGUGGUGCAGGUCACCCUGUCCCAGCACUGGUCCUAUGGGUGGCUUCCAGGUGGAAAGAGAAGUGUGGGAGAGCUGGAGGCCACGAUAAGGAUGAUGGGUACAGGAGAUGUGGUAUCUCUUCCUGAAGAGGCGAGUGCCCAUACCCAGGAGAGGCUUAGACCAUACAAUGUAAUUAAUGACGAUUCCAAUCAUUUCAAUCUAAAGAAAACGUUGCCUCAUAAAUGAAGAGCUAAAGUGGGGAAAAGCUGCUAUUUACAUGAUCAGCAGCAGCAAUGAUGGAUCAUCAAGGUGCAGCAUGCUGACUUCGAAAUAACAUCACAUUUAUCACACUCGUGUCUAAUUAUACGG